AUGGGUAUUUAUUUAGGUUAUAUAGUAGACAAACCAUACACAAACCCCCUCCUCCCAGGCUGGCACUCCGACCCCUCCUGCGUCCACGUCCCAGACCACAACGACACCACCUUCUGCGUAGCCUCUACAUUCAUCGCCUUCCCUGGGCUGCCCAUAUACGCCUCCCGAGACCUGCAAGCUUGGAAGCUCGUCAGCAACGCCUUCAGCCGGCCGUCGCAGAUCCCGGAUCUACGCGAGACGACGAACCAGCAGGGCGGGCUAUACGCGCCGACGCUGCGCUACCGCGGGGGGAAGUUCUACCUAAUUGUGUCGUUUUUGGGGCCCUCCACUAGGGGAUUGGUGUUUACGAGCGCGGAUCCGUUUAGCAGUGAGGCGUGGGGUGAGCCGGUUGAGUUUGAUGUUGUGGGGAUUGAUCCGGAUGUUUUUUGGGAUGAUGAUGAUGAUGGGAAGGUGUAUGUGACGUCGGCGGAAGAUCAGCGGAUUCAGCAUUAUUCGCUAGAUUUGGAGACGGGGGAGACGGGCCCGGCUGUUGAUUUGUGGAAUGGGACUGGGGGGGAUGGAUGGUAUUAUUUGCUGAUUGCGGAGGGGGGCACGGAGGUUGAUCAUUCUGUGAUGAUGGCGAGGUCGAGGCAUCGGACCGGUCCGUGGGAGCCGUGUCCGCAUAAUCCACUGUUGACGAAUAGGGGUACCGAGGAGUACUUUCAGACUGUUGGGCAUGCGGACCUGUUUCAGGAUGGGAAUGGGAACUGGUGGGCUGUGGCGCUGGGGACGCGGUCGGGGCCCGAGUUCGUGACUUAUCCGAUGGGCCGCGAGACGGUCAUGGCGCCGGCGACGUGGGCGGAGGGCGAGUGGCCGGUUAUCGAGCCGGUCAGGGGACAGAUGCAGGGCCCGCUUCCUCGCAAGGACAGUCGUUAUCUGCAGGGCCGGGGCGAGGGACCGUUCAUCAAGCGGCCUGAUCGGUUGGAUUUCGCGCCGGGCUCGUCUAUCCCCGCGCACCUUGUGUAUUGGCGGUAUCCAAAGGAAGACCAUUUCGCCGUCUCGCCGCCGGGCCAUCCGCAUACCCUUCGCCUUACUCCUGCGUUUGCUAACCUCACAGGGGAUGCGUCCUUUCAGCCGGACGAUGAAAUCACAUUCAUAGCUCGCCGCCAGACCGACACGCUGUUCACCUACACGGUUGAUGUUGACUUCUCGCCUACCGUGGUCGACGAGGAAGCGGGAAUCACCCUCUUCCUGACCCAGUUUCAGCAUGUGGAUAUGGGCAUCGUGUUGCUGGAGUCUUCGAGCGGAGCGCUGACGCCCUCGCUCCGUCUCCGCGCCGAAGGACGUGGUAACUACGAGGAUGAUACCCCCACGAAGACCAUCGAGCUUCCACGCGAGUGGUUGGGCAAACCAAUCAGGCUCGGCAUCCGGGCUGUGAGUGACGAGAAGUACGAAUUCUUCGCACGGUCGACAGGUAGGUCCAAGGAGACUGUCCUUGGGUCUGUUGAUGCCAGGGUGGUGAGUGGAGACACGGGAAAAUUCACCGGCACCCUAGUUGGGGUAUAUGCAACGAGCAACGGGGGGUCAGGCCAGACGGAGGCAUAUGUUAGUCGGUGGAGAUAUGAGGGUCAAGGGCAGAAGAUUGAUCACGAGGUGAUUGUUCCUAGUUAUUAGUGCAAGGGCGAUGAUGCAUGUGGUUGGACACGGAGUGUAUCAUGUAUGGAAGGCUCCAAAGGACAGGGGUCUUACCCUGAAAGGCGAAGGCUUGUCUAGUGACAUAGUCACCAUGAACAUGUAGUCGUCGUCCACGGUGUGAUGACCUUUUCCGCGGCCCAAAGCCAGUAGUACAAAACGUCGACCCACAGGUCUAGGCGCACAAGAAACAACGAAGCUUUUGAGGUUGUCGGUGAAUCCAAAUCCAAAUCUUGUACUAGAUAACACGAUAGUGUGUGACAUGUCUCGGCAAAGCUUGACCGAACUUGCGUGGUACGAUGUGCAUACUUACAUUCCGGUGUGUCGAUCAGCGCUCCUUACGUAGGUGAAGAGGGUUUAUCGGCGACACGUCUCCUCUCCUUCUGUCUGUCUGUGGAACGUGAGUCGAG